GUCGUGGCUAUCUAAAGAUUGUAAAUAACGAUGACCGUACUAAGGUCAUUAUUCCGUUGCUAAUCUAUUCAUAAAACCAGGUUAAGACUUCGUCUUUCAUAAAUUAUACAAAAACAAUGUCCGUGUACAUGAUAUUUAUGUUUCUUGUGUGUGUUAGUAGUAGGGUGGUGUUUGGCUCCUCAAGGGCAUUUCGAGACAUAUGUUUGUUAGAGAGGGACGUAACAAAACAGUUUUGUACGUGUAUGACUGUACAUGAGUUUAAGGAGACGUGUUGUAUACAAGCUAUACAAGAACCAUUAAAAGAAGACUUGAAAGACUUAAAAGCAAGAGAACGAACAAUCAUUGAACUGCAAGAAAAAGGUGAUUUCUACUGUACCCUCUUGAUUAUUUCUGGCACACUAAACAGUUUAUUUAUCCUCGUUGUAAUCAAGAUCUUGGUAACCAGAGCCUACCUGAAAUCCAACCAAACGAAAAACACAGAAACAACUCAAAUGCAGAAGAGACUGUAUGCAGUAUAAAAAGUACAGUGUAA